CUGCGUCUGUGCAUCGGUGCAUCUUUCGCUCUCCGCUCUCGCUCUCGGAUCUCGCUUUCCGCUCCCGCUCCGCAUCCGUAGCAUCCUCCGCCGCCGCUACCGUCGCCGUCAUGGUGCGCAAGCUCAAGUUCCAUGAGCAGAAGCUCCUGAAGAAGGUAGACUUCCUGAACUGGGAGACCUUGGAUCAUAACCUGCACGAGCUGCGCGUGCUACGGCGCUACCGCGUGCAGCGGCGCGAGGACUACACGCGCUACAACCGGCUGAGCCGCGCAGUCCGCGACCUGGCGCGCCGCCUGCGCGACCUGCCCGAGCGCGACCCCUUCCGCGUGCGCGCCUCGGCCGCGCUGUUGGGCAAGCUGUAUGCCAUGGGUCUGGUGCCCACCCGCUCCUCGCUGCAGCUCUGCGACACGGUGACGGCGUCGAGCUUCUGCCGCCGUCGCCUGCCCGUCGUGCUCGUCAAGCUGCGUAUGGCGCAGCACCUGCGCGCGGCCGUCGCUUUCGUGGAGCAGGGCCACAUACGCGUGGGCCCUCAUGUGGUCACCGAUCCCUCCUGCCUGGUCACCCGCGCCAUGGAGGACCUGAUCACCUGGGUGGACUCGUCCAAGAUCAAGCGGCAUGUGCUCAACUACAGCAACGAGCGUGACGACUUCGACUUGGACGACUAGGAGUCCGGGCCACGAGAAGGAGGAGAAAGCCUCCCCACCCCCACCCCUCGGCCGCAGCUGGACUCCUGCUCCAGAGUUAAUAAAAAGCAUUUGUUUUCCCGCA